GUUCCUCUGACGUCUCUUUCGAGAGACGUACUGAGAUCCCAUUGGCGGAGAUGGCGGUAGUUGCUGUAGCCGUGGUCCCGGCGGCUUCUCACGAGAUCCGGUUAAUUCAGUGACAGAGCAAAGAGCAAGAUGGCGGUGCCGGGAGGUGAGAGCCAGCAGGCCACCCUCAAUGGCUCUGUCGGAACAGAAGCAGCUGUAGCACCUGACCAACAGAAUCCACAGCCGCAGCAGCAACCACCGCCCCCUAAUGCUUGGCAAGUGAUAAAAGGCAUUCUGUUCAGGAUCUUUAUAAUAUGGGCCAUCAGCAGCUGGUUUCGCAGGGGAUCUGCUCCCCAGGACCAAACCACAUCUCCCGGGGCUCCCCGUCCCCCCAGCCGCAAUCUCUUUCCUAAGGACACUUUAAUGGACCUCCAUGUGUUCCUCUCAGAGAAUGAACAUUUCACAGAGUUCAACUCCACCACAGCCCUCUUCUGGGAGCAGCGGGAUUUGGUGUACGGGGACUGGAGCAGCGGGGAUAAUGGUGAUGGCUGCUACGAGCAGUACUCUGAAAUCAAUGUACCAGAGGGAGUCCAGAACAAUGGCUCUUUUUACAUUCACGUAUACCUGACCAAGAGCGGCUUCCACCCAGACCCCAGCCAGAAGGCUCUGCAUCGGAGGCUGGCCACUGUAUAUACAACUCGUAUGCUUAAUAAAUACAAACGCAAGCGGUUUCUCAAGACCAAGAACCUCCUGACGGGAGAGACAGAGGCUGAUCCAGAAGUUAUCAAGAGAGCUGAGGAUUUCGGUCCUAUCGAGAUCAUCUCUCACUGGCAUCCAAAUUUAACAAUUAAUAUUGUUGAUGACCACACUCCAUGGGUGCAAGGCAGUGUCCCGCCACCUCUAGACCAAUAUGUGAAAUUUGAUGCUGUCAGUGGUGACUACUACCCAAUCUUAUACUUCAACGACUACUGGAACCUUCAGAAAGAUUAUAUCCCAGUAAACUCCAGUGUAACCAGUUUGCCCUUGCGACUGUCAUUCUGUCCCCUGUCCCUGUGGCGGUGGCAGCUCUACGCAGCUCAGAACUCGCGCAGUCCCUGGAGCUUUCUUGGAGAUGACAUGUACGAGCAGUCAGAUGAAGAGCAGGACUCUAUUAAGGUGGCUCUUUUGGAGACAAACCCCUACCUCCUUGCUCUUACCAUCACUGUGUCCAUUGUACACAGCAUCUUUGAGUUUCUGGCUUUUAAAAAUGACAUCCAGUUCUGGAACAGUCGCCAGUCUCUGGAGGGACUCUCCGUGCGAUCGGUCAUCUUUGGGGUAUUUCAGUCCCUUGUGGUCCUGCUUUACAUCUUGGACAAUGAGACCAACUUUGUGGUGCAGGUCAGCGUGGGCAUCGGCUUGCUGAUUGACUUCUGGAAGAUCACCAAGGUUAUGGAUGUCAAGCUGGACAGAGAGAAUAAAAUAGCUGGUAUCUUCCCCAGGCUCACAGUGAAGGACAAGUCCACGUACAUUGAAUCCGCUACAAAGAUCUAUGAUGACAUGGCCUUCCGGUACCUGUCCUGGAUCCUGUACCCAUUACUGGGAUGCUAUUCAGUCUACAGCCUGCUGUACAUGGAGCACAAGGGCUGGUACUCCUUCGUGCUGAGUAUGUUGUAUGGCUUCCUCCUCACAUUUGGGUUCAUCACAAUGACUCCACAGCUGUUUAUUAACUACAAGAUGAAGUCGGUUGCCCACCUCCCAUGGAGGAUGUUAACAUACAAAGCUUUGAACACCUUCAUAGAUGAUCUGUUUGCCUUUGUCAUCAAGAUGCCCAUGAUGUAUAGGAUCGGGUGUCUGCGAGACGACGUGGUGUUUUUUAUCUAUUUGUACCAACGCUGGAUUUAUAGAGUGGACCCCACACGGUUGAAUGAGUUUGGAACGACUGGCGAUACAUCCGCCUCUGCCCCUGUACAGGAAAUGCCAGCACUCCUUUCCUCUGACACUGAAGACACGUCAACACCAAAAGCAGCAGAAGACAAAAAGAAAGACUGAUUUCUUCUUCCUGUGUCCCCCACCCCUACAUAAACUGUUCAGCCCCCUCUGAGGGGUAAAUCAGCUGCUGUUUUAUAUAUGAAUCCCCCAUCCCUGACCACAUUUGUUGAGACGGCAUUUCCCCAUCUAGAAAUAUGUAUAUGGGACUGGUGAGGUUUGUCUUUUUCUGGCCAAAUGCAAUAGUAAUUACUGUGUGAGCCGUAUUGUAAAAUAUUUUUUUUUUUUUUUAUUGCAUAUGCAUCUAAAAAGAAAAAAUACUUGACACAACCCAACUGUAAAUAUAAAAUUCACUAACUGUAGAUAUCUCUGCAAACACCAGAGUACAUCAGUCUAAGGCUGGGUACACCCCUGACCAACAUGUCGGCGGACACGCCUCCAUGCUGGACGUUCAAGGUAAGUGUACACACUUACCGGUCAGACACUCAACGUGUCGGACAGGAGGCCCAGCUGGGCCAGCAUUUGAAUUUGCUUACCCAACUGUGAUGUCAGACCCCUACAGUAAGCGUAUGAGUGGUCGGCGGACCGUCCGUACACACAGCCAGAUGGCCCAAUAUAUCUGCAGUUAUAUCUGCUGUGCUGCACAGCUGCUGCAAUAUGUGUGACAGACGUCAUUCACAGACAUAUCGGGUACACACCCACCGACUGGCUGGCUCAUUGAUAUAUUGGUCGUUUGCUUGAGUGGCUCAUACAUCGGCCAGCGUGUACCCAGCUUAAGUUAUAUUAAGUUCUGACCGCUGCAGUUUCAGUGUACUUGGGAGUAGAUUUACAAAAGCUUCUAAGAGACAAGUGGUGGUGUGCCCAUAGCAACCAAUCAUUCUAUCUGUCACUUCCCGAUUGUAUUCUAGAAAAUUAUAGAAUCUGAUCUUCGCUUUAGUAAAUAUACCCCCAGGAGACCUUUUCCUUUCUCCUUGUUAAAUUAAAUUUGUCUGGUGUGGCGGUGAUGAGGAUACUGUUUGAAAGCAUGCUGUUAUUUACGGCUACUACGUUGUUGUUUUUUUUUUCUUUUCUUCUAAUAUAUAAAUGUGCAAUAAAUAAUUGUUCAUUUUAUGGUACGGCUCGCAUGGUAGUUAGUAUCUCAUUUGGGUAUAAUCUUCUAACUUUUAAAUAUUCUCUUUACAUCUGCCAAUAGGGGGCUGUUAUAUAUUUUUUGCUUUCUUGUGAAUUGUCUUUCUCUACCCGCUUCCUUGCUGUCUGUCAUACGGUUUUGUCUUUGUCUGUCCUCCUUCCCUCAUACUUUUCUGCCAUGCUCUCUCUUGGUCCUCUUUUCAGGUUCUCUACUACCUGCGCUUCUUCCUCUCUAAUAUACUUCUAUUGUGUUGUGUCUCUUCCCCAGUCUCAUCCAUGACCCUUUUUCCUGGAAUAAACAUGCGUAAUUUGGGUUUAAUAAAUAUGGCCGCUCUCUAACUUCUGGCAAUUUGUGCGGCAAUACAGUUUGAGGUUACAAGCUUGUUUUGCACCGGAGGAGCCUCCCAUUUGUUAGACUUGCCUUCCUCAUUUCUGGAUAAGGUAACAGGCUUCCAUCAAUCCAAACAAAAAGUGUUCCUUGGUCUGCGUCCUUGGAAACGCUUGACUGCAACUGCCCUUUGUCCUCUCUGUGGGGUGGCUCACUCAUCUCAGUGGAGACCACCGUGGAUGGACCAAGGUGAGUCAGACUGGGCACAAAAUUGAGUCCACUUUGUUGCCUAUGAAUUUUAUUUUUUUUUGCUUUGUGGCUGGCAAUAGUCACACUUGCUUAAUUGGAUCAAGAGAGACAACAGUGGACCUUUCCCAUGGUGAAAUACUGUUGGUUUUUUUUGUUAUGAAAAGUUUUUAAUGUUUUAUCGUAUUAGGGUAAAAUGAGGUGGACAGAGACACUUCAUCAAAUCGAUUAUGGCUAUUUGUGAGUCUGUGCUCUUGCUGCCUGUGUCCCAUUGUAUAAUAAACAGUCACCAGAGACUUGAAUCAUUCUGAAAAAAUAUUUGAUUACUUUAAACCCCCCCCCUCUUUUUUUUUUAUUUUUUUUUUAUUUACUUGCCUCCCACUUCCCUUCCCCUGGGACCAAGCCUAUGCCCUGAAGCUGGUAACUGUACUGCACUGAUAGCUCCAUAUUGUUGGAGGGCUCGCACUGUCUUAUUCCUCUUCAGCUCCGUUGUAGAGGACCGGAUGCACUGGACCUUCCCACGUUGGGGGGUCUCCCAUUAAUACGGCCUUGGCUUCAGUUAACUGGAGGGAGAUCCCAACCUUCUGCUACGUGUGGAUCCAUGUCAGAGGGAUUUGUCCAAAUGUGGAUGACACCUUUUAAGGAUUUGAAUAAAGUAUGGAACCUGGUACUGAAAAAUUACCUGGAAUGAGUUGAAUAGAGAGAAGGCUAUAGACCGGUUAAAUCCCAUUAUGGCAUGUAUAUAAUUUAUGCAUUACUUUAUAAAGUAUGUUAAUUAUUGCAGGUGGGAGGAGCCUAUUUUGAGUAUGACCAAAACUAAUAAAACACCUAAUACAA